GCCCUGCGACACUUGAGACCACUUGAGACAAUUUUGCCAGCGAAUGGAUUACCAAACCUGCGCAGCGCUACCUGCCGCGCAUGUACCUGCUCCCUUAGCCGCGGCUCCCCGGAUGUGUCUGUCGGCAGAUUCUCGCAGGGCCUGGCUGACUCUACGAGCAUGUAGGUACGUACUCGUACUAGCAGCUGCGCUCGCAAGGCCGAAGAUGCCCUUUUUUUCGCCGGUGGGGCUCGCAUCGCAUCGAUUGUCCACGCCCCUCCCCCCUCGCUUCUACACACCCUCCCUCCAUCAGCAUGUCACCCCUCCCUCCACCUCCGAGUGUCUGCGUCGACUCUUGACGAAACCGGUCGACCCGGUGGAGGGCCCUUGGACGAUAUAAAGAGAAAGCAUUUCGCCACAUCGCCGUCAGAUCGAACUUGCAAAUACGCCCCCAUACAAUCUCCAACUCAACUCAACCAUGCUAUCUGUGGACCACAACUACAACUCAUCACAACAAUAUCAGCGCUUUCAACAACAACAACAGCAACAGCACCAGUAUAACAACAUCACCAACAACAACCUGAAUAACCAUCAUCAGACAGAGCUGGACGACUUCACCUUUGGCAACUCGACCGACUUUGACUUCUCGACCUCGACCUUCCCCUCAACCGAGCUCUCUGCGUCCAAUCUCGAGUAUCUCAACGCCGCAAUCGCCUCUGCGUUUUCGUCUGACUCGAUGCGGCCCGAAUCCUGGGACGCCGCCGCUCGCUUCUCAACUCCCAAGUUUGGUCGACUUCCCCAUCAACGAGAAUCCUCUCUGUCUUCUCUGGGAUCUACAGGGCCGGCGUCGCCCUUCAACUCGCACAUCGCGAACCCCCACAUCGCCGUCACUGACGCCAAUGGUGACGGCUUCAUGGACAUGCACUCGCACGACAUGACCAUGAGCUCAGGCCCUUACUACCAGCUGGCCGCCAAGACGAUGCCUCCCUACUCAAACUUCCACCACCUCGACAACGCCUCUGUCAGCGAGAUGGCAUAUCCAGUCUCCAUCCCGACCAACAGCCACCACAAUCUGCGACAGGAUCGCAACCUCCUCCCCGCCCCCGAGUUUGCAAAUGGCUUGACCCGAUCACAUCCUGCAUCCGUGGCAAGCUCAAUAGCAGGCGACUCGCCGGCUACUCCAGUCACAGGAGAGGUUGAUCUCUCUGACAGAAGAAGGCAAGGUAGGCGCCGACCUCUCAACACCAACAACCAGCCGAUUGACGACCAAGACUCAUCAUAUUGGUACGCAGGUCAUGGCAACGGAACUGUCCCCAAACUCGACCGCACGAUGACAGACGUCUACGGCGAUGAGUUGUACAACCCCAACUUCACCAUCACCUCAUCGCCACAGCAGAGCCAAGUGACUGCUGCGCCCAGCGACGUCUUCAACCAGCGCAUCAGUGCCGCGAAUAGCCAGCACCUCAGCACAAUCAGGCAUUCGCCUACGUCAAGCAUUUCUCGAGACAUUUCUCCCUUCCGCCAUGGGUCUCCACUUGCUCCUUCGCCACUUCACGACUGGGCUUCCUCCCAUGGUGCCGUGGCCAUGAAUUCACAGCCGCGCAUGCCGGGCCAGGACCGCAAUGGCCAGCACGAUGCCCACUUCUUCCAGCAGCAGAUGACCAAGACGACACAGCCCGGAACGCCCCAGACCAUUUCUCCCAAGGAUGCCGUCCUUGAGUUUAACGAGUCUGGAGAGGAUUCCAACAUGCCCCUGUUCUCGCACACGCCAAUCAACUUUGGCAUGGACCACAUGGGCAGGAUACUGCCCGAGGGAAGCGUCAAUGGCCACUCAUCAGCGGCACCCAACUACGGCCAGGGGGAUCACGCAGGUCACAUGCACAACAUGCCUCAGGUACCUCAGCGAUACCCAUUUAUCGCCUAUCCGCCACACAGCCAAGACGCAUCAGCAUCCCAAUUGAGCUCUGCAGAGUCUAAUUCCACUGGGUCUGCGGCUUACAACACUCCCGCUCCCCAGAGCCGCCCUGCCGGCGCCAAUGCUGAUGGAGGCACUUAUACCUGCACAUAUCACGGCUGCACACUACGGUUUGAGACGCCCAACUUGCUACAGAAGCACAAGCGUGAAGGCCACAGACAGUCGCACGGACUUGCCGGUGCUACUCGGCCACACCACGAUCACAUGGGUAUGACCUCGAGCCUGCUCAACAGCCAGGCCGGACCCCAUCGCUGUGACCGCAUCAACCCAAGCACUGGCAAGCCCUGCAAUACCAUCUUCUCGCGGCCCUACGACUUGACCCGGCACGAGGAUACCAUUCACAAUGCCAAGAAGCAAAAGGUGCACUGCAACCUGUGUACCGAGGAGAAGACAUUCAGUCGCGCUGAUGCGCUUACGAGACACUACCGAGUUUGUCACCCUGAUGUUGAGCUCCCCGGCAAGCACCGACGACGCGGUGGAGCUUAAUCUGAACGGGGAGCGAGACAUGCAACGGGAAGUUUGUUUCAUUGCAGCCAACCCAAAAAA